AUGUCCUCAGCAACUUCCAGCAGCUCUUUGCCCAGCGGCCUGGCUGUCCUGGCAACUUUCCCAGAUGUGCUCUUCAUUCCUGAAAUCGUCUUUGGGGGCCUUGUCUGGAUCCUGGUGGCAUCCUCGAAGGUCCCAUUUCCCAUGCUGCAAGGCUGGGUCAUGUUUGUCUCUGUGUUCUGCUUCAUCAUGUCCACCACUCUCCUGUGCCUCUAUGUCUGUGGGGCACAUGGGGGCAGCAGCUCCUGGGUCACCUUGGAUGUUAUCUGCCAGGAGACAGCAGCUCUGUUCUACCUCAGCGCUUCUGUGUUGGAAGCCUUCUUCACCAUUGGCAUCAGCGAGUCGUCUGCUGACCCUGUGAUCAUGAUCACCUACCAGGAGAACAUCGCUGCUGUGGUAUUCGCAUUCUUAGCUACCUUGAUGUACGUGAUCCACAAAGUGUACUCACUCCGGCGAUGGAAAUCAUCCUAA